UAUGAAAUCUUGAAGCGAAUAACGCGACGUGAUAAAAAUAUGACUUUAAACUAUGAACACGUGGUUGGAAAAAGAAUAAAUAGCAAAUUGUUAUAUGUUACAGAGGAAAAGCAAUUAUAUUCCAAAAAACUAUUAAAAAAGAAAAAUAUUUUUAUGCUUGUUACGUGAAAACAUGCAAAGCGAGGGUGUUUUUGAAUAGUGAGGUGUGUUAUAAGGUUAAAGAUUUCAUUAAUCAUAAUCAUGAAACUCAGGAGGAUACGUACAGAGAACUUAAGAUUAUGAAUAAUAUGAAGACAUCCUGUAUGGGAAUACAUCAAGAUUCCACUGAACCGAGCGUUCUUGGAAGCAUACGAAAAAUAUUUCAAAGUACUUGCGUUGAAUACCCGGUGGAAACAAAAGAUAUUGAUUUUUAUAAAAUCCAACGAAAUUACCAAAAACUGGCAAAUAAGCAAUUUCUAAUUUCUCCUAAAACACCAGCUGAUGUUCAAGAUGAAGUAACUUUGAAAAAAUUUGGGUAUACAAAACAUACCGGCGAUGAUGCCUCAACAUUUUUUAAGAUAUGCUGUGAUGCAAAAGACUUUGCCUAUUGUUUGUUUUGUUCUGACAAAAUAAUAUAUCUAAUGAAAGAAAAUAUUCCUUCAAAUGUAGAGAGAAAAAUACUGGUUGAUGCAACAUUUUCUGUUUUACCUAUUGGUAGCUUCAAACAGCUUUUAAUUAUUCAUAUUGAAUAUUUUGAAACGGUGUUUCCUGCUAUAUUUGUUCUUAUGAACAAGAAAACAAAAAAAAGUUACGAACAUGUGGUUAACUAUAUUAAUACUAAUGUGGUAAAAUUAGACGGAGCGGUGUUUAUGGCGGAUUUUGAAAUUGGAUUGCGUAGUGCUAUAAAAAAAAUAUUUGAAUAUUCUAAGCUAUUCGGGUGCUGGUUUCACUAUUGUCAAGCAGUACGAAGAAAUAUUGCUACAAAACACAAGAAUCUGGCGGAAUUUAUUAGGCAAAACCGAAAAGCAUCUAUAUCUUACCACAAAAUAUUGUCACUCCCAUUAUUACCGGAGACACACAUUGUUAAUUGCUUUUCCAUCAUCAAAGAAGAAAUUGCCACUUUCGACCACUUGUUUAAAUUUGAAUCUUUUUUAAAAUACUUUGAAGAGCAAUGGCUAAAAAAAGUAAGUUGUUUUAAAUCGCAAAAGUAGGGAAUUAGAAUUGGUUAUCAACAGCGGUGGUGCUUUAGGGAAAUCAAAAAGAAAAACAAAGGAAAACGUUAUGAGAGCAAAUCUAAUUGCUAAAGCGGAGACGGACCUGCUUAAUGGACUCAUAACCGCUACGAGUUUGUUGGAUAUAAUGGUCUUCUCUAGAAACAAAAUAGUAACUGAUAUGGAGCCUUUUGAAGACAUAUUCGAAGGUUUAGAAUAUAUGGAAGAAGAAUCUGAAGUCGAAGAAGAAUCCAAUGCCACGGAAGAAGGUGCAGCAAAUCCUCCACUGAUAUGCAUAAUUUGUUUGAAAAACAAACCUAAUAUUUUGCUUUUGCCAUGCAAACAUUUAAAAUUGUGCAGUGACUGCACAUCUAAAAUAGAAGCAGAGAGUGCGGCAAACAAUUUUAAUAAAUUUAAAUGCCCUUUUUGUCGUCAAGAUGUUGACGAAUAUUUACAUAUUUUUAUUUAAUUAUUUUCUUUUUCUCACAUUUUCAUAUUUUCAUUUAAUU